AUUCUGUUUCUUGCAUUGGGUGCGUUUCCUGCGCUACUGGUGCUUUCCGCGUUGCACAAUUAGACGCAAGAUAAUGGCGUUGUUUCUAUAGGAAGAUAUAUAAAACCUGCCUCAACGUGUUUUUGCAAAGUAGGCAUAACGAGAAGAGCAUUUUCUGUCGUUCAAGAUGACUAUUGGAGAGCCUGCUUUCCCCUACUUCACAUGGGGCUGUGCAGAGGAUCUGGAAGGAAGACUCAAGAAAUCUCUUUAUCAUGGUGGAAAAGACGAUUGUAUGCCUGCUGCUUCCCCAGUUGCUCUAUCAGACCUAGCAAUGUCAAUUUAUAUUGCUGCUGCACCAUCUCCUAAAAGGAAGCUUAGUCCUGGAUAUAUUGGAUCAUUGUCGAGGCGGUUGGCAAUAAACCCUUGUACCAUGAUUCUUGGAAUUCUUUACUGUGAGAGACUUCGCCAAAUCAAUCCAGAGUAUUUAAACAAGAUAUCAUCAUCUGACCUUUUUGUUGUUUCUCUUGUGGUUGCUUCAAAAUUUUUAAAUGAUGAAGGAGAAGAUGAUGAAAUAUUUAACGAUGAAUGGGCAGAAGCAGGUGGUUUAGGGGUCAGCACUGUUAAUCGGUUGGAAAGAGAGUUUUUGGACGCCAUGCAAUGGAAGGCUUAUGUCAGCCCAAAAGAGUUCUUAAAGUUCUGUAAUCGUCUUGAAACAAGUAUUGCUUUAAAACAUGGUCUACACAGAGGAUGGUUUUCUUACACUGAUUUGUCAAACAUACUGGCCCAGAUUCAUUUCAUUCAAGCUGCCAAGUUAUCUAUGCAUAAAUUGAUGCAGGUUCUGCUUGGCUGCACUGUGAUGUAUAGUCUCUCUGUGAGUGUCUUGGUUGGAACAAUUUUCUGUGUCAGUGCUGCAACAAAGAUCAGAUGUUUGGAAAGAACCACAUCCUUGUCUAAUAUGAAGUCUGAUGUUUUGCACCCAUUUGCAGAUCGAGAAAUAACAAGAAUUCGUCAGAGAACACAUUGUCAAGAUUUGGGUGACAACAUAUUAAGUGAGAGCAGAUGCAAAUGUCCCUUAAACACAGAACGGGAUUCACAGCAACCAAAAGGAAAUGUCACUUUGAGUAGCUGUUGUCCAAAAUGUCUCCAGAGAGAAAAUCGUGAUUUUGGAUUUCACAAUUCCCUUUCUCUAAAAUCCUCUGAACUGACAAAUCCUGUUGAUCAAACCAGAACAUAUUCUCUCUCUGAUCUGCAACCUCCUGACCCUGAAACACUUCAGACAGCUAAACAAAUCAGACCAUCCUCAAAGAAAGUCACACUGCUCUCUUUUUUCCCUGAUGUUCGCCAUGAUGAUGGCAAAGCAAACUGUGCAUCAAAAUCUACAAACUUUUUGCAUGAAUUCUCUGUUGGAAAUUAUUUGCAACAGAUUCUCGGUUGGAAACUGUCUUUCAAAGAAACUGGUCUGAACAACUCUUUGCUUCCAAACAACAAGGUUUUUUCAAUAACUGAUGAACUGCUCUUAAAUGCAAAGCUCUCUCUUAUGUCAACAAAGGUUACUGCAUAAUGUCAUUAAACAUUUUAUACUUGAUCAUUUUUGUAUGUUAUUAACAUUUUCUGCUGUAUGCAACUUGCUUGUGCCCUUCUUCCCUGAUUAUUUGAAUAAAGGCAUCCUUUAUUUCUACUGAUUAUGAAUGUCACUAGUGCCCUACCCAGUGCUCUUUCUGUCCAAAUCUUUCUAUAAGAUUUCAUUUUAUGUCUUAUAGAUUUGGUUGAAUUUGUUCCUUGCUGUUAAAUUUAGCAUUUAAAGUUCACAAUUCGUAUAAGCAUUUGUUUGUUUUCACAAUUUGUUUAUUAUUUGCACUUGGUGAAGUUUAUAGAGGGAAGUAACCUAAGUAUCUUGCUGCAGACCAUUUAAAAACUAAGUUGGAAGUUUGAAGAAGGGGAAUCCAUUGAAUCCUAUCUAGCAAUGAAGCAUGGGAUAUUAGGAAAUGUUACUUUGUUCUGUUGGUUUGGUCUUUUUUAUAUUUGCCUGUAUUUUCAAGUUGACGUUAGUUCUUGUAAGGAAUUUGGUUUGUUUUUUGAUAUUCAUUACUAAUGACUGCUCAGAUAUUCAGUAUGAUAGUAUUGUGUUUAACUAAUGUUUGAUAUUUACUAAUUCUUAUACAUUUAAUCUUCCUUAUUGGUCAUUGUAUUAGAGGUAAUUUGAGUUGAUAAACUUAAAAUUACCAGAAAGAAGUCCCGCAACCGAAAUCAUUUUCAGUGACUCAUGUUUCUACAAACAGUUUCUUGUUUAUUUUAGCAUAGAUGA